AUGGAACCUGGAGUAGAAAUAGAACUGAAAGCUUUAUCCCGGCAAAAACCGAUGAAUGAUAUAAUAGACCGUGGCGAUUCCAUCGUGCAACAGUUCUACAGCGGUGUCACGGUCUUCGUCACGGGAGGAUCCGGUUUUGUCGGAAAACAACUCAUUGAGAAAUUGUUCAGGUCGUGCGCCAUAAGAAAGAUGUAUUUGCUCAUGAGACCGAAAAAGAAGACAGCCAUUCAUGAAAGAUUGCACCAAAUCUUGAAAGAUCCAGUAUUUAACCUGGUGUAUGAGAAGAAUCCUCACUUUGCCGACAAGAUAGAGCCUGUAGAAGGAGAUGUGGCUAAGAUAAGACUGGGCAUAAAUGAUAAACAAUGGGGACAACUUACUGAAGAGGUAAAUGUGAUAUUCCACGUUGCAGCAACGACGAAAUUUAAUGCACCGCUUCGCGAUGCUACUUUCACCAAUGUAGUUGGCACCAGGGAAGCUCUAGCACUGGCCAGAGAAUGCUCCAAGUUGAAGAGCUUCGUGCAUGUGUCAACUGCUUUUAGUCAUGCCACGAAAGAUCGUGCUGGCAAGGAAUUCUUAGAACAGUUCUACCCAUCUCCCAUGGCCCCCAAUACCUUGAUACAGUUGGCGAAAAAUGUGGAUGAGGAAAGACUUAAUGGUAUAACUGAAGGUUUACUCAAUGGCUGGGCGAAUACGUACACUUUCACAAAAGCUGUUGCCGAAGAACUGAUCAGAAUCGAUGCUGGAGAUCUACCGAUAUGUAUCGUUCGACCACCAGUAGUGGCUCCCGCUUACUGCGAGCCUGCGCCGGGGUGGUUAGAUGUCUCUGCGGUAUUUGGACCUAGUGGAUUUCUCCUCGGACCGAUUUUGGGUGUAUUGCAUCUGUUUUUAGCUGAUAAGGAUUUAAAACUCUCAGUUACCCCAAUCGACAUAGUGAACAAUAUCACUAUCAUGGCUCCUUGGGAUGCGGCAGAGAGACGACGUAAUGGCGAAGCGAAUAUACCUGUUUAUAAUGCCACAAAUAAAAACUGUUAUGUUACUGUUGGUCUCGUUUGUGACACCCUAAUCGCUUCUCGACAUAAACUUUGCUCUCCUAAAGCUGUAUGGCAUUGCAGCGCUAUAGCCACGAAGAACGAUAUUCUGUACCGGAUCCUUGCCUUGUUUCUACAUUACAUUCCUGCCUAUCUGUUAGACAAAGUCUUAGACAUAUUGGGAAAGAAGCCGGAAAAUAUAAAAUCUUUCGUAAAGCUCUAUAAAAAGAUAGAUGAUUGUUUUUGGGAAGAUGGAGGAGGAGUAUGGGGUCCCAGUACACCGGUUUUCUGUGAGACCGUGGCGUGGCGCCUAUAG